ACCCUAUGAAGAACAGCGGGAAUCCACUAGUUCUUUCCCAUAAUUGUUCUGUAGAAGACAUAGCAAUGAUGUACACAUUCAAUAACACGCGCCUUGUCAAUGUGGAAACAAAGCGGUGCAUACUUGUCAAAGCUCUCAAUUCCUCACCUGGAGACACUCUAUCCUCUUACAAGCACUGUUCACUUACAGGACACGACAAUGACGUUGUAAUUGACGAAAAGAGUACGAAAAGUUGGUCACUUGCUCUCAACAUAGCCAGCAGCAACGUCAAAACGUUUGAAUACUUCAGCGACAUGUGGGUAAAUCCACAAUAUUUUGGCAGCGCGUCCAAUCAGUCGGCAGAUGCCUGGUUGCCAGCGUAUGAUGGUGUGCUUGUGGACAAGAUUGGGAUUGAAAUGAAUGGUUAUGAUCGAGUAUUUGAGCUAACUCCUAACAUGCAAGGCAAAUAUACUCUUCGCGAUCUUGUUUUACGAGAAGAAUCUCUCACUUACACACCCACAGUUCAAGGCCAACUAGAUCCAUUUAACUUGAAGUUGGCGUCAGCGCCACUUGCUUACUGUACAAACUUUGGAACGAACCCUAUUGUUCUGAACAACCAGCAGUACCACCGUUGCCACUCGCUGGUCAGGAUCGGAGCGCCGCUUGCUAAUGCGGUUCGUACGGGAACGAUUAAGUUGCAAAUGGGGGAGAAGUGCAUUCGCCCUAAUUUAAAUUUCACCGGCAAUCUUAAAUUGAAUACAGAACUUGUCGCUUGGGACGGUUGCACUGAAGAUUGGUAUCGCUUCACGUACAGAGCCGAUGGAACAUUCCAACAUUCAGAAUAUCGAUGUCUUGGACUUCAAGACGACGUACCGACUUCGAGCACACUUGUGGUUAUCAAGAGCUGCAAUGCAGCUGCAAAAUUCAAUUGGAGAUCUGAUGGAGUCAUCGUGUUAAAUGACAACAGCUCCCUCUGCUGGUCUAUUGAAGGACAUUCUACUACACCAAGCAAUGGAAUGAGACUCCAGUUAUCAGAUGGAUGCGAUUACGAAUCCAACGCAGUGUCUCAGUUCAGAAUGUUCAGCAACGUGAUGGAGAGCAGUUGUGGUAAAACUUUGGCAGCUGAAGGCGUUGGUAUCUAUAAUGGCUGUAAUCGCAAGUCCUUAUCAGCCGGACGCAUGACUUCCGAUAAUUUGAUAUUUAAGCGAGCAGCUGUGUGGGUCUAUGGCAAGCCCAAGUGUCACCCAACGACUUCCAGUGGAUGCAAUGCUCGUAUUGGUUACUGCACAUGCCAUCACGGAUACUUUGGCGCCGCAUGUGAGUAUCAAUGUCCGCAUGGACGAUAUGGAAGAAACUGCAGAGAUACUUGCCAAUGCAAGAACGGAGCUUUGGUGGGUGGAAAAUAUUUGGCAAUAAUGUAUUGUAGCAUGCAUAUUUGA